CCGGAUAGGACGCCAUUUUCAGUUAUCUUAGACGACGCACCGCAUGCAUUGAAUAUAUGGUGUUUUUUUCAUCCUUUGUCCACUGAGUUAAUAGUUUCUAAUACUGUAAUAUGGAAAUGACCAAGAGCAAGUAUUCUCCUUUGGAAGAUAACACAGGCACAAGCAAAGGAGUCUGCCAUUAUGUCGUCACUGUUCUUUCAUUAAUAUUAGUUUUAAUUACUUUUCCAAUUUCGAUAUUCUUCUGCUUGAAGGUUGUUCAAGAGUAUGAAAGAGCUGUCAUCUUCAGGCUUGGUCGGCUGCUUCCUGGAGGAGCCAAGGGACCAGGGUUAUUUUUCAUCCUUCCCUGCAUUGACACCUACAGAAAGGUUGACCUCAGGGUCGUGUCAUUUGACGUCCCUCCACAAGAGAUUCUCACAAAAGACAGUGUGACAGUAGCUGUGGAUGCCGUCGUGUACUUCAAAAUUUACAAUGCCACGAUAUCGAUCACUAAGGUUGAAGACGCCAACCGCUCCACCCGUCUGCUGGCUCAAACGACCCUCAGGAAUGUGCUGGGAACAAAGAGCUUGAGUGAGAUUCUGUCUGAGAGAGACAAUAUUAGCCAUGUUAUGCAGACUUCCCUUGAUGAGGCAACAGACCCGUGGGGUGUCAAAGUCGAGAGAGUUGAAGUUAAAGAUGUACGUUUGCCGCAACAGCUGCAGAGAGCCAUGGCUGCAGAGGCGGAGGCUUCACGUGAAGCCAGAGCAAAGGUUAUUGCUGCUGAUGGUGAAAUGAAUGCAUCCCGAUCACUAAAAGAAGCAGCUGACAUUCUUGCAGAAAACUCACAAGCUCUUCAGCUGCGAUACCUUCAGACCUUAACAACCAUCUCUGCAGAGAAAAGCUCAACAAUCCUGUUUCCUCUGCCUUUGAAUUUCAUAUCACGGUUUCUUCCUAAGAAUGGAAACUCCCCCAAAAUGAUAAGAUCAUCAAAAGAUGAAGAAGAAUUUGAGUGUAAACUUUGAACUUCUGCAUAUCGUACUUGAAACGGAACUGCGUGUUACAAAGGAUCUUAAUCAGAUUAAUGAGCUAUCAUUGAUUUUGAUAAAUUGAAGUUGAAUACUGUACAAUUAUUUAGUAUUUAUCAAUGGUGUGCAUAAACACAUUUUAUUUGGACAAAUGCUCUCUGAAAAAUCUAUUUUUUUCAGACAUGUAUCUCUUAAAAGAGUUAAAAAUAUCAUGGCUAGCCAUGUAUAUUGGUUGAAUCUAGACUAAACCUAAGAGGUUCACAUUUAGAUAGAUAGACAUGUAUGUCUUAAAAGAUUGUUAAAUCACAGGUUUACCACCCUAAGUAUUAGUUUUUUUAGGGUCUUGGAUGAUUAUUCACAUGUCUCUAUCAUUGCAAGCUCACUGUUCAUCACUUCAUUGUAAAGGCACAGCUACACUGUACCUUUCAAGAUGGUGCCGGGAACUGUGAAGGGGACUUCAAAUUUUGCUUAACAGCUAUCUCUGUGCCACAGGAAUCCCUAACCUAAGAAAUCCCAAAUAAUUAAUAGGGUGGUAAGCCUGUGGUUAAAUAUCAUGGCCAACCAUAUUGGUUCUAGAAAAAAAAUCAACAAAUGUAUUCCUCUCACUAGUGAAAAUCUAAUUAAUGAUUGUAAAGGUCAGCAAUAUAAACAUUAUGCAAUUCUGAUGAAGAAAAUAAUAAAGCUAUGUCAAUAUGUAAUUCAUCAGAUAA